CUCUUGGCCCAGCGCCCUCCCCCGCCGCCCGCGUCACCCGUCUCGGGGAGCAGCUCAGAAGGAGCCGGCGGGGUCGUGCCGUCCCUGCGUUGCCCGCACACCCUCCGCCGGGGCAGAGCUAUGGCUUGUGGGUGCUGGGGAUCCCCCCCCCCCCCGGUGUACAAGCCUGUUCCACUCCCCGCGAGCCCACACUGCUGCGGAGAUGAGACCCCCCUGCAGUGUAGCUAGUGUCACAGGCUCUGUGGCUACACAGCAGGUAGGGUCCUUGAAACUCAAGUCAGCUGACCUGUGUCAUGGAACCCUGGGUGUGAGCGUCUGCACUGCAUUUUAACCCUAGGUUCAAGUGUUUCUGACUCAGGCUUGAGCCUAGGGCUUUGGCAACCACACUACAGCACAGACCCAAGUCAAGGUAACCCUGUCCCAGAGUGCCCUUCCCCUGCCUUUGUCGACACUGUAGCUCUAGGACCCUGUUGUACUGUGGGAAAACUCUACUGCCCACCAUGCUUCUUAUAAGAAACUGGAACUGCUCCCCUCCUUUCCCCCCUCAAGCUGCCUAGCAGUCAUUUUGGUCUGUGCACUCCUAGCCACCAGAGCCAGCAACAUGGAGGAGGUACCUCUGGAUGAACUCCUCCUACUUGCGCUCUCACUUCUGUGUCAGGAAACUGGCAGAGCUUCCAUGAGGCGCUGGUGGACAUUUCAGCGGCAUUUUCUGUCCUACCAAAGGUACCUGACUAAUUUCCUGAGGGAUCUGCAGGAAGAGGAGGAGGAAGAGGAGGCAGAAGAGAAAGAGUACCCUGGCAUCACGGACUCUCAGUGGCAGAUGUUGCUCAGUAUAAUUGGCAUAACCGCUGAUGUCCCCUGUGUAGACCGCCGCUUUUGGUGCAGGGUCACAAGCACAGACUGGUGGGACCACAUUGUCAUGCAGACUUGGGAUGACCAGCACUGGGUCCAGUACUUUCACAUGAAGAAAGCCACAUUUCUGGAGCUUUGUGAGCAGCUCACCCCCAUCCUCCAGCAUAAAGAGACACACAUGAGGUCACCCUUGCCAGUCCAGAAGCGGGUUGCUAUAACUGUGUGGAAGCUGGCUACCCCAGACUGCUACAGAUUAAAAUCACGCUGGAGGUGUUUACAGACCCGUUUGGAUGUCAGUGUCAUCAAUGCUGUCCGCAUUACUGUGGCUUGUUGUGCUCUUCACAACCUUUGUGAAGCCAGAGGUGAGCCAUUUUCCCCUGAAUGGACCUCUGACAGCAAGGGAACACAGAAUUGGUACCCUCAGCCAGAAAGUGCAGCUAUCAAUGCAGGAGCUGAUUGCACCCAAGCAGCAAAUGUAAGGGAUGCUUUGUGUGCUCACAUUAUGAACUUGUAUGGCCCAGUGGAAGAGGGGGAAUAGCACCUGUACAAAUGUGCUGGGUGGGAAAACUGGCUCAUUCUUGGGAGGGAGAUGGUCUUGAUCAUCAUGCUUGAUCAACAUGAAAAAUAAAUUUGUGUUGUGGGGGAGGGCAGUAAAUAGAGGAAUACUGUUUGUUUUAUCAUGUUUAAUUGCUCCAUAACACGUUUUUACGUUCAUCUCAAAUCCUGACUGUAUGAUGUGAUGCACUGAUAGCAAUAAACUUUCUUGAAAACA